AUGCGACAGGCAAGUUUAUUAUCUCUUUCAGAUGAACUUAAUCAAGCAGAAAAUAAUACUAAAGGCAUUCGAAGAAAUGUUAGUAACCCAAUAAGUCAUAGUGAACGUACAUUACAAAAUCCAUUUACAGAAAUAUUAUAUGGAGGUACACGUUCAAAUGAUUCUCGAUUAUGUUUAACUGUUCUUAUUGCGCCAUCUCGACUACAUGAUAUAGCUAGUGGUAGUGCAAAUAAUGAUUAUGAUCAUUUAUUAAAUAGUGAUUAA